AUGAUAGGCAUCACAGCGUGCCAAACAUGGCUAAACCCAACUUUAACACCUCUCUCCCUACAAAUCAGGCAUCAGCCAUGUGCCCCUCACAGCUCAGCUAAGGCGGGGGAACUGAUUUCGAUUUUUGCCCCACCAAAACGCACAACCGCCAAAAAUUCCAUCGCGAAAGCCCUCGCCAUAUAACCACCCGCUCCGAAUCUGCCUCCGCCAUCAACCCCUCCUAGUGCCCCCCAGACAUCGACAAUAUGAGGCCCAUUCUUCUUGCCGGGCACGAGCGUGCGCUCACCCAGAUCAGAUUCAACAAAGAUGGCGACCUCAUCUUCUCCGUCGCAAAGGAUCAGCAAAUCUGCGCCUGGUUCUCCCACAACGGCGAGCGACUUGGAACCUACCACGGCCACGUCGGUGCCAUCUGGACAGUCGAUGUCAACCCCACCUCAACCAUGAUCGCCUCCGGUUCUGCCGACAACACCAUCCGUCUCUGGGAAGUCAAGACUGGCCGUCUCAUCAAGACCUGGGAGUUCCCCACCGCCGUCAAGCGAGUCGAGUUCAACGAAGAUGCCACCAAGUUGCUGGGAGUUACCGAGAAGCGAAUGGGUUACCUCUCCAACAUCGUCGUCAUUGACAUCAACCCCGAUCUCAACGCUGAGCAGACCGACGAGAAGGCUCUCACUAUUGUUUGCGACGAGAGCAAGGCCACCGUUGCUGGCUGGAGUGCUCUCAGCAAGUACAUCAUUGCCGGACAUGAGGAUGGUAGCGUAAGCCGAUACGAUGCCAAGACUGGUGAUCUCCUCGACAACGUUCCCGUCCAUGAACUCAACCAGCCCAUUGUCGAUCUCCAGUGGUCUCCUGACCGUACCUACUUUAUCACCGCAUGCAAGGACAAGACCGCCAAGCUCAUCUCUGCCCGCGAUCUCGAGGUCCUCAAGACCUAUAUAGCCGACACACCCCUCAACAGUGCCACUAUCACCCCCAAGAAGGAAUUCGUCAUCCUCGGUGGUGGUCAGGCCGCUAUGGAUGUUACCCGAACUUCUGCCCGUCAGGGUAAGUUCGAGGCUCGUUUCUAUCACAAGAUCUUCGAGGACGAGAUUGGUCGUGUGCGAGGUCACUUCGGUCCUCUGAACACUGUCGCUGCCGAUCCUACAGGCAAGAGCUACGCCAGCGGCGGAGAGGAUGGAUACGUGCGAGUUCACCACUUCGACAAGGGCUACUUCGACUUCAACUACGAGGUUGAGAGGGAACGAAUCAACCGAAUGCAGUAGAUGCGUUCUUUUCCUGUGUGCUUGCAUAGUACGGCGUUUGGGGGACAAACAAAUAAAUGUUUUUGUUCAAAUGGGGCAAAAAAUAAACGGGAGCUGGAUGUGAUGGAAGAAGAAUUGAGUGUGUUAGGGGAGAUAACGAGGUUGACAAAUGGGCUUGUAAUUCUUACCAUCUCUCCAGGGUUUAAGGAAAGGUCGAAAUGCACGAUUGAUCACGUUUCUACGACUUUGGAUAUCCUUAUGACCAUGCUGUCAUGAACAUCAUGGUCGCUACUUCACAGCACGUCGAGUUGAAGAUAUCAGGCAGACAAUCAGUCAGGUGGUUCUGCCGCUCAAGUAACUUUCUUCAUUGUACUAUCAGCCAUUCUCACGCCUGUAUUCCCACCUGUCGGGCAUCGUGUGAUGCAUUUUCUGGCCCCUGGUACAAACAGCCAUGCUAGAUUAAGCAAAUACAUACACAUUGGCUUCUCUUAUAAGUCCUCAAAGCAACCAAACGCCAAAAAGUCUAUCCCUUUGCCUACCCAGCAUACUAAAGGCAAUUCCAUAUUCCCUCACUUCUUUUUACCCUUCUUGCCCUUAGCAGAACCUCCUGCGGAUACGGUAGAGGCAACACUAGAUGCUCUUGAUGGCGUGGCAGAGCUAUUCUUGCUAGACUUGACGGACUUGACAUUAUCGAGUGCCUUGUUCUUUAAAAACACGUUAGUCGUAGACAAUGCGAGAUUAGUUAUUGACGCACCUUGACGCCGUUUUUGGCCUUCUUCUUUGCUGGUGCCAUACCAAGA